AUUUUGCUUUUGGACACCAAAAUCUGUUUGAUCGAAGAAAAUCGAAUACCUGAUGAAGUAAGGAUCCCUCCAGUCUCCACUUUAAAACUGCACCUCUUUUCCAGAAUAAUGAAGCGUCAAGUCUCCUCUCUUCCAGUGUGGUGAUUUUCAGGGCUUCCCCUAGCUAUUGAGAACCAUGUCUGACAACGGAGAGCUGGAAGACAAGCCCCCUGCCCCUCCUGUCCGCAUGAGCAGCGCUAUCUUCAGUGCAGGGGGCAAAGACCAGUUACCAACCAACAACAGCUUUAAACCCCUGCCCUCUGUCCCAGAAGAGAGGAAACCCAGGCAUAAAAUCAUCUCCAUAUUCUAUAAUGAAAAAGGAAGCAAGAAGAAGGAAAAGGAAAGGCCAGAAAUCUCCCCACCAUCAGAUUUUGAGCACACCAUCCAUGUUGGCUUUGAUGCUGUCACUGGAGAGUUCACUGGAAUGCCAGAACAAUGGGCUAGGCUGCUGCAGACCUCAAAUAUCACCAAGCUAGAACAGAAGAAAAACCCCCAGGCGGUACUAGAUGUGCUGAAAUUCUACGACUCCAAAGACACAGCAAAACAGAAAUAUCUGAGUUUUUCUGCUCCAGAAAAAGAUGGUUUCCCUUCAGGAGCACCAACGACCAAUGCCAAAGGUUCAGAACCAUCAACAGCUGUGGCAGAUGAUGAUGAGGAUGAUGAAGAGGCUCCUCCUCCUGUGAUUGCUCCACGGCCAGAUCACACAAAAUCGAUUUACACCCGCUCUGUCAUCGACCCCAUCCCUGCCCCGGCCGGUGACACCUGCGCCGACAGCGCCUCCAAAGCAGGGGACAAACAGAAAAAGAAAACCAAGAUGUCAGAUGAAGAUAUCAUGGAAAAACUACGCACUAUUGUAAGCAUAGGAGAUCCCAAGAAAAAAUACACCAGAUAUGAAAAAAUCGGGCAGGGGGCUUCAGGUACAGUUUUCACAGCUAUUGAUGUGGCAACAGGGCAGGAGGUAGCUAUUAAACAGAUCAAUUUGCAGAAACAGCCCAAGAAGGAGCUGAUAAUUAAUGAGAUCUUGGUAAUGAAGGAGCUAAAGAACCCCAACAUAGUCAACUUCCUGGACAGUUACCUCGUAGGGGAUGAAUUGUUUGUGGUGAUGGAGUACCUGGCUGGAGGCUCUCUAACAGAUGUGGUCACAGAGACAUGUAUGGAUGAAGCACAGAUUGCUGCUGUGUGCAGAGAGUGCUUGCAAGCGCUUGAGUUCCUCCAUGCCAACCAGGUGAUCCACAGGGACAUAAAGAGUGACAAUGUGCUCUUAGGAAUGGAUGGAUCAGUUAAAUUAACUGACUUUGGGUUCUGUGCCCAGAUCACCCCUGAGCAGAGCAAGCGCAGCACCAUGGUGGGGACUCCGUACUGGAUGGCUCCCGAGGUGGUGACACGGAAAGCCUACGGCCCCAAAGUGGACAUCUGGUCCCUGGGCAUCAUGGCUAUUGAGAUGGUGGAAGGAGAGCCCCCAUACCUCAACGAGAACCCCCUGAGGGCUUUAUAUUUGAUAGCAACUAAUGGCACACCAGAACUCCAGAACCCCGAGAAACUGUCCCCAAUAUUCCGGGAUUUCCUGAACCGAUGUUUGGAGAUGGAUGUGGAGAAAAGAGGAUCAGCCAAAGAAUUGCUACAGCAUCCCUUCUUGAAACUGGCCAAACCUCUGUCCAGCUUGACGCCACUGAUCCUGGCAGCCAAAGAAGCAAUGAAGAGUAACCGCUAGCAUCCUGCCACAGCCUUCUUCCUUUUUUGUUGUUUGUAUUUUACAAAUCUUUAUAAUAUAUGAAAUUGUUACACCUUGGGGGGGGAGGGAAGGGGUUUUUGUGGGGGUGGGAAACAUCUGCAAAAGGGAAGAAACUCUCAUCCAGAAGACACCCAAGUACAUUGUGGCGACUCUAGAGAUCCCUGUCUGGGGUCCAGAAGGAAUUGAGAGCUGAAUUAUUGGCCUUUGUGGGGUUUUUUUAUUCUGAUUUUUUGUUUCCCAGACAGCCCAGAAAUACCACUUGCUGUGCCUGGGGCUUUAAGGGGUUUUAACGACUUCGCUGUAACAGCUCCCAUUGUACCCUCUGGGUACUUUCAAUACUUGAAUGACAGAUUCAAGCUUUCAGAGAGCAGUACUAAUUUUACCUGCUGAUCUCUUUGACUCUCCUCUUCCUCCCCUCUACCUGCAAUCCCUGUGGGAAGCUCCCAGUGACCAGAUUCACGGCAGGUGUGGCGAAUGUGAAGGUACAUCUUGCCCCUCGUUUCUUUUUUGGAUUAGCUGUCACUGUACUGUAGAAUCAGCAACUCGGUUACUUAAGGAAUCACAAUGUAUGGAGAUUCUUUUCACUUUUUAUGAUGAAAAAGGAGAGAGAGAGAGAGAGGGGGAAGAGAAGUAUUCAGCUGUUUCUCAUACCUGUGCUCUGUGGACAUUUUUUUAAAUCAAAAAUGUGGCCUCUUUGUAGAACCUUAAUGAUCGGUCAAGUCUUUGGAUGUGGGUUAUGGAUGUGUAGGUUGGGGUCAGAUACUUUAUUUAUGAUCAAAUGAUCAGUUCUAGUCAGGGCAAGAAAAAAUUCCAGCUGUCUUCCUGUCUGCUCUUUUUUUCCCUGUUAGACUUGCUGGCCAGAAGCUUGAGGGAUAAUGUGCUUGGUGCAGUGGGUGGUUCACAAACUUGUAUCUGUGCUCUGACUUGGGCUUUGGAAGUUAUGCUGGUGCCUUUGACUUUUUUUAUUUUACAUUUCCCUUCUUUGUAUCAAAUACAUUUUUGUAUAUGUUGUAAUUUCCCCCAUCCUCCCCCCACCAAGCAAAUAAUGCAUCAACCUAUGGAGUUGUCAGAGUUUAAAGUAUUAGAGCUAUUUUUUUCCAGUUUUGUAUGUGCUCCAUUUGUACUAAUGAAACCAGAAGAACAAAUAACCAGAUCUGAGGACACUGACGAUACAGGAUUUUGGAAACAUGAUGUGAACAGAUGAUGAUGAACACCUGGAGAUGCCAAAAUUGUGAGAUGAAGCAGAGGGGAAGCAGUGCUGUCAGACCAUCGUGGGGCCUGUUGGACUGGCUGGUGUCACUCUGAUCUUGUCAUUGAGGAUUCUGUGCUAGCCAGGAUGGCUGCAGCCAACCCUUCAACACAACAAAAAGUGCCUUCUUCUGAAGGACAGCGACAGCCUGAGCAGUUGAGUUCUUGGGGUGUUGCCAGGGUUGAGUUUAGCAGAGCCUGUGCCCCUUCUAAUGCUACAGUCUAUGCAUUUCAACCUCCCCAAGUGUUUAAGGAAGAGCCAAGUAGUACCAAUGUGCCAAAUGAGUCUGUGAAAGAAUAACCAUGACUUUAGUGGGAUUGUAUUGCAUUCCCAGUGGGGCAGGGCCUGGGACAGACAGAGCUACCGUUGGGUGUGGACAGAGGACCCUGAAUAAAAAUUUUUGCACACUGAUCCAAACAUUGCUGGCAGGGGAUAGAAAUCAUUUUCAGAGAAUUUCAGUAUCUCUAUAGAUAGAAUGACAUUUUGGGGACUGGUAGCCAAGGUAUGACAAAACAAACUUCCAGGUGAGAGUGGCUGGGCAGGAUGGCAGAGGCAGUUUGGGGGAGAUGGUGGAAAGGAGCAGGGCUGGGGUCUCACAGCACCUGGGGGUCCUGUGGGGCCUUGUUGGGCAGGUUCAGCUUGUGUUCUGCUCCUGUGUGGCAGUUAAAAUCCAUGUUGGGUUAAUUAUCUUAACUGUUCCUCACAGGGAUAAAUCUCUCUUGCUCUAAGUGUGAGAACAGUUAUGGCUUCAAAUUUUAAAUUCAAGGAAGUGUCUCAUGCCAGGUAAGGUAAUCCAAGUGCAUUUGCCUGGAAAAAAGUUUAUUAUGAGCCAUGGGCACUGUAAUCACCCUGUUUUGAGUGUGUCCUGGCUCCCUGGUCAAAUGGAGCAGCGAGGAGGCUUGGCUGAGGAAAAAACCUGUUGUACCAGUGGUUCCCUCUUUGUCCAUUGCUGGCAAUGGACUUGGUGAAACUCCUUGUGCCAGAGUUAAAAUGGGAGCUUUUCUUUCUUUCAUCUUUUUUUUUUUUUUUUUUUAAUGGCACAAUCUAGAUAAAUUUAGCUUUUUUAAAUAGAAAACAAGAAAUCAUUAAGUAAUUUUAACUUAUUAGUUCACUUUUACUGGUGAAUGAGAACGGUUUAAAACAUAUGUUGCAAAAUUUGUCCAAUUUAGCCUGCUUAGGAGACAAUUUCUGAAGAUUCAGCCAUCCUGAUGCACAAAACUUGGCCCAGUCCCAAGUUCCCAAACUGUGUGUGUGUGACCUAGGUUGAUGUUCAGCUCCAAGGCUGGAAGUGCCAGCAUCUGCCUGGCCCCACGCAGCAGCUGUUGUGUGGUGAGGUUUCCAUGGGGAGCAGAGGUGGGGCUGGCAGGAGAGGAGGAGAAGGAGAAGGAUUUUGUGCUGUGCUUUGUGUCUGGAGGGUCAGGCAUCGCUUUUCUGAGGGCGCCUGCAGGGUGAGGAGCUCCAGGGUGUGGGUUUUCCCUGCUGGGAGCAGAGCGGAGUCCUGGGGUGGGUGCAGGGCUGAGAGCUCUGCCGUGGCACUGGGGGCCAGCCAGAGAUGGAGGAGAUGAUGGGAAGGGAUGAGUUGCAUCCAAAUGUGGGGAUUCCUGUGCAUCCCUCUUGGGUGCCCACCCAAGGUCUGAGUGGGGAUCAGGUGUGCACACAAUCCCUGGGAAGUGUCAUUUGGGCAGCUUGUGGCUGAGGUGCAAGUGUGCAGGGAGUGUGAGAUUCCUGGGAUGUUGUUAUCAUAGAACAAACCAGAGUUCUUAAUAAAAAUAACCAUGGGAAUGAGCACUUUGCCCUGCCUUAGGUGUUAAUGAGAUUAAUUGGAGCCUUCCCCCCCCGGCUCUCUGUGCAGGGAGAUGCAAAGUUUUGGCUACAGCAGAUGGGUCCCCUUGUCAGAGGGGCUGGGGAGGGAGCAAAAAUGUGAUUAAGGGUCUCUCCAGCUGGAAUUGAGUCAAUAAAUCUCUCUGGUCUGUUUUUCCCUCUGUUCCUUAUGCUGUUGAUGGGAAUGGAAGUAGGUGCAAGCUUUCUUUUUAUUUUUUUAACUGUCUUCAGAUGUUAAUGUUGCCUUUUGUGUAAUUUAAUCCCAUUAUGUUAUUUAAUUGUUACUGCAAUAUUAACUACUGUAUUUGUUGACUUUGUUUAAUAACUGUUCUUUCAGGGCUAGAAAUAAACCUUUAAAAAACCUUUGGGGUUUUUUCUCCCCUUUUCCCUGUCAUGAGUUUAUGCCUUUGAUAACAAGAGUAUCUGAAAGGGUUCAUGUGUCAGUGUUUUACUGAGAUUAACAGAAUGUAUUUGUAAUUAAGCUCCUUAUGAAUGCUUUAAUAAUGGUGGAUAUAAUUUUAUGCUAUACCAGCCUAUUUCUUUAAAGUUUUAUUACUCAUCAGUGUCAGUACCAGCCUUGGGAUCCCCACAAGCUUUCCUGGAUGGCUGAUGGGACGAGAGCAGCUCCAUAACACCCUUUUCACCCACUGUGGAAGAGAUCCAUGUGAAGGGAGCAGAGCAAGCACCAGCCUGGCCCGUCCCAGCUGCACAUUCCCCCUCCUUGGCCAGUGCUGGGGUGGGACCGAUGGGCUCAGUGACCUCUGGAGAUGUGGUGGUGAUUGAGGAGCUGCUCCCUAGAGCUCUGCUUUGUUGUACCAUGGGCACCACGCACCAUCCUGCUUAUCAUGGCACAGGAUCCAUGGGAAUGGAGCUGUCCUGCUGGCUGCUGGGAAGGUUUGGGUUUGCUCCGUCGGCGCUGAUCGGUGUUGGACCAUGGGAGUGAGGGCACCGGGUGCCGACAGCUCUUCGAGGAUUUGGGAUGAGAUCCAUGGUGCCUCUUGGCGUCCAAGGCUGCAGAGAGGCACUUCUGUUUUCCACUGGACCUACAGAAAGGCUGUGGGAUGUUGGCCUGCCAGUCCAGCCAAGGACAAGGAGGGAUUUGCUUUGGGGUUGAGGCCGGGUCAGUUGGCUCCGGAUGAAGUUCCUGCCUCAGUUGUGAAUGGUGAGGACUUGGCACGUCCUGUGUUCCCUGUGUGCUGCUGGGAAAUGGGCUCUUCCCCUUUCUUGCGUGUUGUACAAGCUUUGCUGCCACACUGACAAAGGGAAAUGAAGAAACCACACAUCUCCAGCAGCUGCUUCACCCACACAUGAGAAUGUUGGUUUGCUCAGAGCCUGUCUCUUCAGGGUUAUAAUUUGUUGUAGUAUCUUUGUCUUCCUGUAUGAUUCACUCUUUGUGCAUUUAAACUGGUGUUCUUUAACCCUGCAUUUAAGUGAUUUGGCAUUUAAUUUCUGGGGGAAAAGUGGACAGGAGAGGGUGCUUAGUGGAACUCAGGACUGUUGGGAUUUUGAUACUUGAAGGAGAGUAGAGCUUUGGCUGAUUUUGGCUUGCACAGCUGAAAGUUGCAAGUGUUUGGUAAAUCCUCCUAAGUCUUGUGUGAAUUUGCUCAUCCCUUGCAUUGAGCCUGAGACUAAACCCAAGAGCAACCCCAUUUUUAGAGAUCAGCUUAUUCAAAAUUGGGUUUUUAAAACACAGUUCUUGAAGGCAGUGAAUUUGGAGGCAGCAAUUUCUCCCUUUCUGGGCUGCUGUUUGGCUGCAAUGAGUUACUUCAGAGCUGAGCACAACUGUUUGGACUGCACCAGGGUGGGUGAAAAGUGAGGAUCCUCAUUAGCAGUGUUUUCAUGGUGGUGCCUGAGGAGCAUUGUUGGGUUUCAGUGCAGUUCCUGUGGUGGAGCACUGUGCUGCCCAUAGAUCCCUGCUCCCAGGGUUUUGUACAGCUGCAUUUUCCCCCCCUUUUUAAAUAUAACUUGUAUUUUGCUCUCAAGAUUAUUUUUAAUAAAAACAGCUGUCCUCAGUCAUGUGAGAAAACAGCAUGCAAAUUUGCUGAGCUCAGCCAAACUGGCUGUUGCUCUCCAGAUGUGUGGAGGAAGCAGGUUCUCCAAGAGCUCUUUUCCCUGCUGUGAAUCCAGCCUAAGGAAGGAUUUCUUUUCCUUGAGGGAGGGAAAUACCAGCAAUGAGAACAAUGACUUUGUGACUUCUCAACCUGCAGCCUGUUGGAGGGAGCAGGGCAGCACCAACACAGCUUGUCUUGCUUUUCCCAGCUGGUGUCUGCAGUGGGAAUGUCCUCCAGCACAUCAUCACUUCAAAUCACAGAAUCAUCAAGUCAAAUCCAUCAAGAUUUCAAAUCCCUGUUGACCUGAGUGUUAAAACAGUCCUUAGGGACCAGUGGUUGGGGUUUUCUAAUGGGAUUUUCCCAGUGGGAAGUUAGGAGUUGCUCAUUCUCUUUCAGGGUCCCCAGACUUCUGCUUUGGAGCUGUGUUGAGUCAGUGCAGAGGGGAGGCAGUGUCAAGGCAUGGAUGUGUCUCAAUGCACAGGCUCCACGUCCUGGUGUUCCUGGAGGGCUCUGGACAGUGAAUCCAGCUUGGUACAAGUGUGGAUCAACUCUGGGGACACUGAUGGGACUCAGGACAGCUCCUCAGAAUGGUCUGGAGGGGAGAUGUAUCCACACCAUGUGCAGGGCUGACCUUCCUCAGGACUGAUGUCCUCUGGAAUUCCUUGAGGUUUCUAGAGCCAAGGAUGGCCCAUCUUUGUUAUUUUUUUCUCUCAGUGAAUGCUUAUUCUAAGGAUUCAGGUCCUUUCACAAAGCACAGUUAACUCUUGGAUCCCCUGGAGCCCUUUUCCUGCCUGACCAUGAAGGGAAACCUGCCCCAGGUUCCUGCUGCCUUGUCACAGCAGCUGGGAACAUGUGGCUGCUCCUGGAAAGGUCUAAUCCACCCCCUGCCCAGUGAAACUUCCCUUGAAUAACCUCAUAACUCUUUUUUCCUGUAGCUGUUGCCUCUUUGAGAGUGCAAACAGCGAGGGAGCCAGGGUGGGUCUGCUCAGCUCUUGUGACUGUUCAGUGUUUUUGGGGAGUGUUUAUUUUGCUGAAAUCUGGAAGUGCCAGCUUAUUCCUGUCCAGUGGCUAAACUUAAAUAUCUGCAUUUUAAGCCCUGAAAGCACGUUUGGUUUAGAAGGACAUUGAUGUUCCAGCUACAGAAAAGGGUUUUUUGGUGGGAAUAUUGGAAUUUUUAGAUAGUUUUGUUCCUAGAAGAGCAGCCCUGCAAAGCUGCAUGGAGUCUGCUGUCAGCACUAACAUAAAUGAGGGAAUGAGCCCCUGGCCUUGUUUAAUCCCAUAGUUAUCCUUGGAAUCAACAGCUCCCAGCUCCUCUCUCCAGCCUGGGUUAAAUGUCCCACAACUGUGCCAUGGGCAGAAUUGUGAGCAACGGGUGGGAAAUAGUUUUUAAACCUUGGAAUGUUUAUUUCCUAAGGCCCAACUCUUACAAUGGUUGAGAAGAAGGGGAAAUUUAUUUCUGGGGGAAGGAAAAGAUGUUGGAAUUUCUUUCCCAUUUUUACCAGUCUGUGUCCUGUGAUCUGGUGGUUCUUUUCCAGGGACUGGAUUCAGGCUGUGUUGCUGGGUCCUUGGGAGGUUUUGUUUCUAAACAGGAAACUUUACUGGUUUCUCUACUCCUGAGGAACACAGGAGGAGGGAGGGGAGGUGGAAAGAAUUGAGUUGGAUUGUGAUGUUGGGUAUUUUAUGGUUGGUUUUGCAGUAGCUUUGACCAGCACUUUGUUGCUGCCAGAGGUCAGUUUUCUUGAGGACAAAAUUACUAAUUUAUGAGACUCUUAAAGAAUAUUUUAUCUUCUGUUAUUCAAGCUAAGUCAUUUAUUCAUUUGGGGUGGAAGAUGGGUGCUUGUCUUGCCAUCUGGAGGGCGAAUUGGGGUUAAAAGGGUUAAACUGGGAGAAGUUCUGAGGCAGGCUGGCCAAAAGGUUUGUGGGGGAUGAGAGGAGGGCUUGGAUGGUGGGUGGCUGGCAGCUGCUCCCUCUCCUUGCCCAGACCUCCCAUGGUUCCCAAAGCCAGGGCUGGGAGCAGUGAUACCUUCCCAAAACCUCUGCAGGGUGGGCACUGGGGCAUGGAAAGGAGUGGGGAGGGAUGAGAGGAGGAGGGUGGUGCCAGGGGGAUGUGCUGAGCUGGGGCCUUCACAAGCCACCCCCACAAUGUCCUGUUUCUUCUCUGCUGCCAAAGACUGUUGAGGGAGAGGCUCCAAUGCACUUGAGGCCUCUGCUCCUGCUUUUCAUGGCUUGGGCUGCUCUGCUGGAGCCACCUUGAACUGUAUGAAGAGCCUCAUGCCUGCCCAAGUGUGCUUCAAACCUGGGUUUCCUGAAAUUUCUUAUUUAUAAAUGACUUGGAGGGAAAUAAAAUGGCCCAAAUCAAA